AUGGCGGAGUUCGUGCGUGCGCAGAUCUUCGGCACAACCUUCGAGAUCACCAGCAGGUGCGUGGCAGAGCGUCCCCGACGCGAGGCCAUCCCAACUGGGCACCGCGGCAUGUGAAAGAGGAGAAGACUAAUCGUUGCUCAGAUACACCGAUCUGCAGCCCGUGGGCAUGGGCGCUUUCGGUCUUGUCUGGUGCGUAUCGAAAUCGACCCAAACAUGUGGAAACAGUAGCUCAUGGAGGGAACAGCUCGGCCAAGGACCAGCUCACCGGGCAAGCCGUGGCCGUCAAGAAGAUUAUGAAGCCCUUUUCCACCCCGGUACUGUCCAAGCGCACAUAUCGCGAGCUGAAGCUCUUGAAGCAUCUCAAGCACGAGAAUGUAAGCCGAAUUGCUCCGCAGCAAUGCUCACCCGAAAACAGGCGUGCUAAACCCGGCGCAGGUCAUCUCUCUCAGCGACAUCUUCAUCUCGCCAUUGGAGGACAUGUAUGUCGGUGAGUGCUCCCUGCCUACAAACUUGGCUUACUUUCUUCUCACAGCUAUUUUGUGACCGAAUUGCUUGGAACCGACCUACACCGACUCCUUACCUCGAGACCACUGGAGAAGCAGUUCAUCCAAUACUUCCUCUACCAGAUCCUGGUGCGUUUAGAACAAGCAGCCAGAUGCCACUAUCAAGUACUGACGUGUGACAGCGUGGCCUGAAAUACGUCCAUUCCGCCGGCGUCGUACACCGUGACCUCAAGCCCUCCAACAUCCUCGUCAACGAGAACUGCGACUUGAAGAUCUGCGAUUUCGGUCUCGCCCGUAUUCAAGAUCCACAGAUGACCGGAUACGUCUCGACGCGAUACUACAGAGCACCGGAGAUCAUGCUCACCUGGCAAAAGUACGAUGUGGAGGUGGACAUUUGGAGUGCAGGAUGUAUCUUCGCAGAGAUGCUGGAGGGCAAGCCGCUCUUUCCCGGCAAGGACCACGUAAACCAAUUCUCCAUCAUCACAGAAUUGCUUGGCACACCUCCAGACGAUGUCAUCUCCACCAUCUGCAGCGAGAACGUGAGUUGAACCGACUUGAUUGGUAUGGCGCAUACUCACGGAUCCCCUACAGACACUCAGAUUCGUGCAAUCGCUGCCAAAGCGGGAGCGCCAGCCGCUGAAGAACAAGUUCAAGAACGCCGACCCACAGGGUGAGUAGAGUGAAACCCCAAUCAGGAAUGUCCACUAAGUCCUUGCAGCAAUUGAGCUGCUCGAACGCAUGCUGGUAUUCGAUCCGCGGAAACGUGUCAAGGCUGGCGAGGCGCUCGCAGACCCUUAUCUGGCACCCUACCAUGAUCCGACGGACGAGCCAGAGGCCGAGGAGAAGUUUGACUGGUCUUUUAACGACGCUGACCUGCCUGUGGAUACCUGGAAGAUCAUGAUGUAGGUCUCGGUAUCCAAAAACACUGUCCUUUCGGAUGGCUAACGCAGACGAUUUAGGUACUCCGAGAUCCUCGACUACCACAACGUCGAUUCGAACAAUGAAGCUACCGCAGAGAAUGGAGCCGCGCAAUGA